UCCACGUGUUUUAAACGAAACUGUAGCGGAUGUGGUGGCGUCGUUAUUAUUCACCAGAAAGCAUGUGAGAGACACAACUAACGUAGCAGGAAUAACGAUCAUCAAACUGAUUUUUUAUCAUUUAAUUUUGACUGAUUUGUGGCACUAAAAUGCCACUGCGAAUGAUUCUCGCUGUAACAGGGAUUUUUACCACGGUCCUUCUGUCCUAUUUUGGAGUGUCCAGCGGAUUAACAGGACAUGUUUGCAACAGAACAGAAGAGAGGAACUUCACAAGAAGUGUACUACAGUAUCGAUAUUGUAGAUAUUACAGAUCAUGUGGAUUCUGGGGUUGGAGCAGAUGUGCUAGAUACUACUCCUGCAGUACAUACAGCCUAGAAUAUGACUCGUUCAACGUGACAGUACAGUACUGCUGUGAGGGGUGGUCUGCAGGAGCCAACGCCACAAACACUAGUAGCUGCGACAUACCCGUUUGUGCGGAGGGGUGUGAGAAUAACGGUGAAUGUAUAGCUCCCGACACCUGUAAAUGCCAGCCGCCUUACCACGGACCUACCUGUAACGAAACCUAUGACCCCUGUCAAAUCAACACGGAACUCGCGGUUGGUUAUGAGAGGAGCACAAAUAAUACGAACUUCACCGCAGACCCAAAAUGUGACUCUACCCUGCUUAGGACCUGGUAUGAGAUAGGCCACUCCGCCAUUUUUCAUAUGCCAACAACCUGUCCUGGGUCGCCGGCUUGUGGGACCACUGGACCUGUUUGGGUGAAUACAACCAACACCUCUAUACAAGCGGGUGCCAUGGUAACCUUAGAGGCAUGUGUUGGGUCUCCUGACAGCUGCUGUGAGUCCUUACUGCCAGUGCAAAUUAAGAAUUGCACAGACUUUAUGGUCUACUAUCUUAGUCCGACGGUGACAUGUCCACAAGCCUAUUGUUUUGAGGUCGCCCCCUGCGUUGAUUGUAACAAAACAGUAUGCCCAGAUGGAUACCAAUAUGACUUCAAAGCGGCAAGUUGUAAAGAUAUAAAUGAAUGCGCUGUCAAUAACGGCGGUUGUAGUGACAUUUGCAGUAAUACCAUCGGCUCCUACCAUUGCGAAUGUAACGAGGCUGAUUUUAUGCUUGGAUGCGAUGUUCACACCUGUCAAGUUUUUGACCCUUGUCAAAUCAACACUGAACUCACGGUGGGUUUUGAGAGGAGCACAAACAAUACGAACUUCACUGCAGACCCUAAAUGUGACUCUACACUGCUUAGGACCUGGUAUAAGAUAGGACACUCCGCCAUUUUUCACCUGCCUACCACCUGUCCUGGGUCACCUGCUUGUGGGACCACUGGACCUAUUUGGGUGAAUACAACCAACACAUCUGUACCAGCGGACGCCAUGGUAACCUUAGAAGCAUGUGUUGGGUCUACUGACAGCUGCUGUGAGUCCUUGCUUCCAGUGCAAAUUAAGAAUUGCACAGAAUUUAUGGUCUACUAUCUAAGUCCGACGGUGGAAUGUCCACAAGCCUAUUGUUUUGAGGUCACCCCAUGUGUUGAUUGUAACAAAACGGUAUGCCCUGAUGGAUACCGAUAUGACUCCAAAACGGCAGAUUGUGAAGAUAUAAAUGAAUGCGCACUAAAUAACGGUUGUUGUAGUGACAUUUGCAUUAACACCAACGGCUCCUACCACUGCAAAUGUAAAGAGGCUGGUUUCUCGCUUGGAAUCGACGGUCAAACUUGUCAAGAUAUAGAUGAAUGCGCUGUCAAUAACGGGAAUUGUAGUGAUGUUUGCAGUAAUACCAUCGGCUCCUACCAUUGUGAAUGUACCGAGGCUGGUUUCUUGCUGGCGGGCGAUGGUCAAACUUGUCAAGGUUUGUAG